GAAGAAAAUAACCAAUUUGUACGAACGCCGAUAAAUAAUCUUGCGAAAUUAGCCAAAUAAACCUACAAAUUUAUCUAAAUUCUUCUUUUCCAUAAACAAUCGAUCCGCUCUGACGUAACAGAGAAUCGAUUCGAAUCGCUCGCAAACAUCGCCGCAGCGGUCGAUGCCAUUUUUAUUUCGACUCUUUCCGGUCCGACGAUAAAUAAAUUACACCAAAGCUAACCUAAAUUCGGUCGAAUUCGCCAUAAAUUUCAACCGUUUCACAACCGAGCCGCGAAUUCGCCACUACAACGCACCGCGAGUGAUCGACCGCAAAACCGCCCGGCCCACGAAUGUUUAUUUUAUGGAAGUCGCCGUCGACCUCCUAAUAACGCAGACCCAAUGCCCUACACGGCCGAUCCGUCUCUGAUCCACAAAGUCCAAGACUACCUGGAAACGCACACGGAGAAAACCUACGUCGACAUCAACGAGAUAUCUGAUGAGCUGCAAAAGAAGCACAGGGAGUACGCGAACCGCAAACGGGGGGUAUUCAGGGCGGCCGUGAAGAAGGCCUACAACAUCGUCCUGGCUAAGUACGGGGUCGAAGAGGACAACAGCGCCGACAACAGCGACGAAAGCAGCAUCGAUUUCGGCGAAGUUGCGGAAAACAAUUCGCUAAACAAUCAAAUGGUGAGCCUAUACAAAAAAGCCGAAGCGUCUACUUUAGAUGUGGACGAGAACGAACUGAUCGACAUCAGCAGCGACGAUGAGUCCGAAUCGCAGCAAAACGAGGUGCCUUCGAAACAGAACGCCGUCAACAAGAACGGCUUCCAGCCGGGCUACGACAGCGAGAGGACCAAGAAACGCUCGUACGCGACGCCGGCCAACGCGCAGCAGCAGAGCAAAAAGCGCAAGGUCGACGGGGCCCCGAAGCGGACGGUGCGCGAUGGCGAAGUCACCUUCGCCAGCAUCGGCGGCAUGGACAAGACGCUGGAGGAGAUAGCCAAGUUGCUGUUGCACAUCCACCAUCCGGAGAUAUACAAGACGAUAGGGAUCACGCCGCCGAGGGGGUUUCUGUUGCACGGUCCGCCCGGUUGCGGUAAGACCAUGCUGGCCCAAGCGAUCGCCGGGGAGCUCAACGUGCAGCUCAUUCAAGUCACCGCCCCUGAAUUAGUAGCCGGAGUGUCGGGAGAGAGCGAACAAAGAAUAAGAAACCUAUUCCAAAGAGCGUAUUUGAACUCGCCUUGUAUAUUGUUCAUCGACGAGAUCGACGCGAUAACGCAAAACCGACAAACGGCCCAAAAAGACAUGGAGAAACGGAUGGUGGCCCAACUGAUAACGUGUCUCGACAUAUUGAACAAAUCCAGCCAGGGUAACGGCGUGCUGGUGAUAGGCGCCACGAAUCGACCGGAUUCGAUCGAUCCGGCGCUACGACGAGCCGGACGAUUCGACAGGGAGAUCUGCUUGGGCAUACCGAACAAGGAGAGCAGGGCGGACAUAUUGAAAAUCGUCACGAAAAAGUUGAAACUCGAACCAACGUUCGACUACGAUCAUCUGGCCAGCCUCACGCCCGGUUACGUGGGAGCCGAUCUGAUAGCACUGACGCGAGAGGCCGCCAUGAUCGCGGUCGAUCGAAUGAUAAGGCAAUUGAAAGAAGAAGAAGCGAGGUACGCCGAAGAAGAAGCGGAAGAGGAAGCUUUACAUUCCAAGAAGCUCGUUCAAGCGUCGAAACCGGUCGAAGAAACGGCGAGUUCGACCAACGAUAAACCCGAAGAGGCGCCCGACAAAGACGCCGACAGCACCGAAGAUUUGGUCGUCGAAGACGAACCGGAACCGGCGACCACGGAGAAACCGCCGCCGGUCGCCGCGACGCCCGAACUGAUCGUCGUCAUCGACGAGGAGAAGGCGACGCCGAAGAAACAACCGACGCAGCAGCCCGAGCGUAGCGCGCUCGAGGAGAUACUGUUUUGGUUGCACGACCAGCUGCCCCUCUCCGACGAAGAACUGGAAUUGCUGUGCAUCACAAUGGACGAUUUUAGGGCGGCCCUCAAGCACGUCCAACCGUCCGCCAAGCGGGAGGGAUUCGUUACCGUACCGGACACCACGUGGGACGACGUGGGCAGCUUGAAGAACAUCAGACAGGAGCUGCAGUUGUCUAUAGUGGCGCCGGUGCGGCAUCCGAAGAAGUUCGAGAGCCUCGGGAUCACGGUGCCCGCGGGCGUGUUGCUGUUCGGACCGCCCGGUUGCGGUAAAACCCUGUUGGCGAAGGCCAUCGCCAACGAGGCGGCGAUCAAUUUCAUCAGCGUAAAGGGACCGGAAUUGCUCAACAUGUACGUGGGCGAAUCGGAGCGGGCCGUCAGGGUGGUGUUCGAAAGGGCGCGAAACAGCGCACCGUGCGUUAUAUUUUUCGACGAAUUGGACGCUCUGUGUCCGAAGAGGAGUUCCAGCGACAAUAACGGAACUUCCAGGGUAGUGAACCAACUUCUUACCGAAAUGGACGGUGUAUCGGGUAGGAAAGGCGUGUUUCUACUAGCAGCUACUAACCGAAUAGAUAUAAUCGAUCCGGCUGUUUUAAGACCGGGUAGAUUAGACAAAGCCUUGUACGUAGGACUUCCGAGCGCCACCGACAGGGCCGAAAUAUUAGCAGCGCUCACGAAAAACGGAACGAAGCCCCGCCUGGCGGCCGACGUGUCGCUGGAGACGAUAGCGGAGUGCAAGUACUGCGAGGGAUUCACGGGGGCCGAUUUGGCGGCGUUGGUGCGCGAGGCGAGCGUGUCGGCGCUGAAGGACGUGCUGGUCGCGGCCGACGGACACGCCGGCGACGUGACCGUCAACGGGGAGCACUUCGCCAAGGCGUUCCAGAAGAUCAGGGCGAGCGUGGGGGCGAAGGACCAGCGGUACUACGAGAGCAUGCGACGGAGCUUCUCGUCGGAUCGCAAGGACAGCGAAGUGGAAGAGAUGGAGUUGAUUUGAGUUUACUUGUUACUUGCUUACUUUAUAAUUACGAUUUUAUAUUAUUUUUUUUAUAUUAUUUAAGGUUGAUUUGUUUAGUAAGUUCCGUUGUAUUAGGCCACGAUUUUAAUUUGUAAUGAGUAAGUUUUAGUUUCGCAACUUUGUUGUGUUUAUCCGCUAAAUAUUUAAAUGUACCUAUUUUUUGAAAUAUAUUUAUAGUUGGAUGUAAAUGAAUG